AUGACAACGUUCACCGACAUCAACCCUGACCGUCCACUUCUUGUUGGAUCUGAAAUACCAAAACCACCUUUUCCUUUUGCCUUACAGGGCACUGUCGUUAAAGGCUAUGGCAGAGGUUCAAAACAACUCGGUAUUCCAACAGCCAACUUGUCUGACGAGGCUAUUGAUGCCCUUGUAUCUGGACUUGAGACAGGUGUUUACUAUGGCUGGACACAAAUUGGAGAACUCAAAAGCCAAGUAUAUCCCAUGGUUAUGAGUUUAGGUUGGAACCCUUAUUUUAAGAAUGAAAAACGCUCUGCAGAAGUGCAUGUUAUUCAUGAAUUUCCUGAGGACUUUUAUGAUGCACCUAUUCGUGUGUUGGUCUUGGGAUUUAUUCGACCUGAACAAAACUAUCCUUCUUUAGACGCUUUAAUUAGAGAUAUCAAGACAGAUGUAGCUGUGGCACAGACUUCGUUGCAGAGAAAAAGAUAUCUAGAGUCUAAAGAGCACGAAUUGUUUUUCAAGUAA